AUGUUCAGCGGUCCCGUCACUCCCGAGGAAAGAUAUGAUCCGACAGAACCUCCUCUGUUGGAAACAACUGUUAAAUUUCUCUUGAUGGAUAUACGAGGCAUGAAGAUGGCCGUGGCCGUGGAGGAUCCUCGAUUCCUGCUGCAGCACAGCGGAUACACUACAUAUAGUACCGGCAAGACUAGGACGAUGGGGCACGUUGAGUUCAGUAUCGCUCCGAGAACCCAGGAAACUCGUCCCCGCGUUCGAUACUACAUUCGAUACUGUUGCAACAAGGCAAGGUGGAUCCUAUCGUAUGUUAUUCUUGCUCCCGGCGAGCCACACCCUCUGGACGCAGAUGUGGCUAGUGCCAUCAGUAUUGUCGGCCUGGCCUCGCAGGAUCCCAAGGUUGUACUCCGAUUCGGGCAGCCCCCCUGCGCUCCUUACGUCAGGUUCAGAUGGUCGCCUCUCUCGAGGAGGCCCAGCGGUGUUUUCCGAUGUGUCAAUGAUGGGACUAUGAUCAAGGUCCCACACGGAGAUCCUGAGGUUACGCGACAUCAGUUCUUCGUCCUGGGCCUCCCUCUCAUCCGCAAGUUCGCCUGGAAUCCCAAGACGGAGCUCGACUUUACAAAGAUUGCGGGACUCAUCUGCCAGGACGAGUACGAAAGGUUGAUGGCACUUGAAUCAUGUCCUCUCGAGCGCAAGCCCUCGCCGACGGGACGUACCCGCGAACAGUUAGAGGAGGAGGAGAAGGAGCAGUUGCUGGGGGAGCCGGUGAGCUUGCUUGCUGCUUCCACUGGGAGCAAUACACCACUACCACCCGUCACGCAUGAGCCGUUGGGCCCGACGUUACCGCCCAACCCGCUCUCGUCGACAGCUGCGGUGGCCUCAACUGCCCCUCCGGCCACAAGGAGUAAAGGCACUCUGACCGAAUUUUUUGAGAGAGUCGGUGUAACUAGACCACUCACUCCCAAGAAGGCCGAAACCCCCAAAGUUACGAUAACCGAUUCGGACGGACAAAUCAUGGAUCAUAUCGACACCGUCGAUAACGACAAAGACAACGAGCGUUCCAAGACCCCCAAACAUCCGCUCCUCACCAAGCGUAGCCUGUCGUGGUCCGGAAAGCUGAGCAUGAUGGAGGAAAAAUUGGAGAAGUUGGCCAUUGACGCUGGUCAGGCUGGUUUUAUGAGACUCUCCCCGAAGAAGAGCGAGUCCCUGCCCGAGAACUCUCAGCGUCUCGGAGUCUCUGGACCGAGAGGAUCUCAGACACAGCCCGAGAUGGAACCACCAAUGACGCCGAAGAAGGAGGAAGCCGGUUUUCCGUGGCUCUCCCCGAAGAAGACCAAGGCCUCGAGCAGCUCCGACAAUGUCGACAUCCUAGGCACUGAACAUCAAAUCGAGAUGGUACCUCCCAUGACUCCGAAGAAGAGGGAGCAAGCUGGUUUCCCAUGGCUCUCGCUGAAAUCGAAUCAGGCCUUGAGCAGCUCCCAGAAUAUCCAUGUCUCCGUGCUCAGCAGAGAGCAGGCCCAGCUCGAGAUGGAACCUCCGUCGACUCCAAAGAAGGAUCGUGUCUCCUUCCGUACACCAUUUUCCCGUCGGGACACAAAUACGGACAAGGUCAACAAUAAGGAGAACGAGGGCAAGGAUAAGGAGAACAUCAACAGGAAAGGGAAGGGAAAGGCUGUUGUGGAGAGAGGCGACGAUUGGACGGGCACGGGGAAAGAGAACGUCAUUAUGCGCUUCAACAGUUCCCCUCUCAAUGAUCUUGUCCCGGAGAGAUUCCCUAGGGAUAUAGGCGAGAGCUCUCGACACCGGCAGACUGAAUACGGAAAGAAGCCCGAGUCAAUUGCCGACCGUUUCCGGAGUCGAAUGGGGAAGAACUCCGUCAGCAACGCCGGACAGAGGGCGACCCGAUUCGUGCCUGGCACAACUAUCCUGGAGGACGAAGCUUGGAUUCGGGCUAACGAAGCCAUUACGACCAUAACCCUAGAGCCUAGCCGCCCCCUUGAGCUAUCGCCGUUUGCUCUGAGACUCGAGGAUGAAUUGCGUCGCGAGAGACAGGAAGCGAAGCGUCAGGAGGACAUGCGCCGGAAGGCACUGUUACGUGUAAAUGGCCGGUCGAAUGCUAGGAGAGGAAAGGUCGGUCAAGCCGCCGUUGUCGCUCCUGACCGUGCUACGUCCCUUUUUGGAAUGCCUGAGCCCGUCACUCCACCUGAUCCAGCAUAUAUCGACAAGGUCUACGACCGCAUUCAGAUGCACAGCAUGACCUCCGCGAUGAGGAGAGAGUUAGGCAGGGAGGAUAGGAGGGAAGGCGAGCCCCAGGAGGAGCUUGAUUGUUCCUUGAUGACCGAGGAACAGGUCUUCGAUGCCAAGGUUGGAGGAAUCAAGAACUGGGCCCAGUUUCCGCCGGUUCAGGUCGCGAGCGAGUUCAUUCCCGAGUCCAAGAAGCACUGGGAUUGGAGCGCUUUGGAUUCGCACGGACGGGACCCUUUCGCCUCGGUCGCUGGUGUCCAGGAGCACCUCCAGGAGGUAGGAGCCGACCUUGACCUUGAGGACCUGGCCACGUUCUGA